CAGCCCUGCCUGGAUCCCUGCCUGAAUCCCUGCCUGGAUCCCUGCCUGCAGCCCUGCCUGGAUCCCUACCUGCAGCCCUGCCUGCAGUCUUACCUGCACCCCUGCCUGGAUCCCUGCCCGAAUCCCUGCCUGAAUCCCUGCCUGGAUCCCUGCCUGCAAUCUUACCUGCACCCCUGCCUGGAUCCCUGCCUGGAUCCCUACCCGAAUCCCUGCCUGCAGCCCACAUGCCCCCACCAGAUCUCUGUUUCCAGAGGCCACCGCCAGACACGCCGUCUCUGCCCAGGGCCGACUCCGAGGAGAUGGUCACUUACAUCUCCGAGGGCAUGACGGUGACCUCAGCCGACGAGGAGAAGCUGCAGCUGCUGAACAAGAACACGGAGCUGCGGCGCCUCAACAAGGAGCUCGUGAAGCUCAACCAGGAGUGGGACCGGAUCUACCACAGCACCGCGCGGGGGCUGCAGCAGAAGGUGCGGGCGCUGCAGCAGGAGAUGCUGAGCCUCAGGCAGCUCACGGAGCGGCUCGCCGCGAAGCUGGACCGCGAGCAGAGCAAGAGCGAGUACUACGAGCAGACCCUGAUCCAGGAGCUGAAGAAGAACCAGCAGCUGCAGGAGCACGUGCGGCAGCUGGAAGGCAACCGGCACCGCGGCCAGGACGGGCGGCACGCACUGGCGGUGAGUUGGGGGUCCCCGGCCCCCCGUGACCCGCCGGGGCGGUGCGAGCCGCAGCGGGGCCCCAGGCUCGCGGCCGACCCUCCCUCCCUCCUCCUCCUCCUCCUCCACCGGCUUCGCCCUCCGCAGAGCCCCGAGCGCGCGGCUGCCCCGCGCCCGCCGCCGCAGGGGGGCUGCGGGCAGCGCGCCCCAAGCAGCGGGCAGCCCGACAAGGAGGUGACCGACCUGAAGGAGCAGCUGGAGGCCCUGAAGUGCCAGACGGAAAUUUAUGAGGCCGAUUACAGGACGGAGCACCGGGACCGCGAGCGCGUCGAGGCCGAAAACGAGAAGCUGCGGAAGAAGGAAGAGGAGAUGAGGCUGCAGAUGGUGCUGCUGCAGGAGCAGCUCAAGAUCUUUGAGGACGAUUUCAGGAAAGAAAGGUCAGAUAAGCAGCUGCUCCAGCGCCUCCUGAAGAGCAAGUCUACCUCCAGGGAGCCCGUCCUGGUCCAUCGCUGCAACGGCCACGACAAGCCAGGCCCGCCUGCCUCUUCCGCCCCGAGCUGCGGCCGGCACUGCGAGAAGCCCAGCCACAAGCAAGGCGAGCACGCCGGACGCUCGGAGGCCCACAUCCCCGCUUUCGGCGGAGACUACUAGGAACAAGAAGUGGACUCCCCUCCUCGCCUUUCGCCCUGCUUCGUGCCCUCUCCUGCGCCAGCAGCCGGGUGGAUCCAGGAUCCUGCAUACAGGACCUGGGAUGCUUGUUCACCCGCUGCUGGUGGACAACCCUCCUCGGGAGCUCCUCAGUCAGGGCUGCCUUGGCUGCCCGCGGUCCAGCCCAGCAGAGCAGAACUUACUCCAUCUUCACCAUAAUCUCUCCUUCGUUUUUUCAAGGCCUGGAUGCAAGAGCAGGAAGUUUGAAUCUUUUUGACUUGGAGCACCAGCUAGAAAGUCCAGGGCCUGUAAAAAGAUAACCAGGAAAAAGGCCUGAGCCCAGUGGCUAUGUCGGUGCUAGGGAAGGGCUCUGCCGCCCCUGCGGCUGCCGGGGACUCUCGCUACGCUGCUGCCGCUCAGCCCUGGUUCCAGCAGCAUCUCUUUGGGCUGCGAUCGCUCCCGUGGAGGGGCUUUCGUUCAAGCACUUGGAGGCUUCAGCUACUCUCUCCCCAGGCUGGAACUGGAGGAGGAAUGGCUAGGGUCAAAUCCAGAUUUAUUUAUGCUAAUCCAUUUUCUUGGCAUCCUGUUGAGACUUUCUAUAAGCAAUUGAAUAAAAAAAAUACAAAAUGAA